UGCGCGCAGCGUUCAGCAUGAGCGGCUCGGUCGCCGCCGGAGCGGCCGCCGGCCCAGUCCCGCCGGCGCAAGAGGAGGGCAUGACAUGGUGGUACCGGUGGCUGUGCCGCCUGGCGGGAGUGCUAGGGGCAGUGUCCUGUGCCAUCUCUGGACUCUUCAACUGCGUCACGAUCCACCCUCUGAACAUCGCAGCUGGGGUGUGGAUGAUGAUGGCCAUCGUCCCCAUCGUCAUGAGCCUGACCCUGACUACACUGCUGGGCAACGCCAUCGCCUUCGCCACGGGGGUGCUGUACGGACUGUCUGCCCUGGGCAAAAAGGGAGAUGCCAUUUCUUAUGCUCGGAUCCAGCAGCAGAGGCAGCAGGCGGAUGAGGAGAAGCUGGCUGAGACAUUCGAGGGGGAACUGUGAGGUGAGGCAGGGCGCCUGUCCUCAUUGCCUACUGCCACUGGGCUCUGUGAACUUGUAGAAGGCUGAGUGUCAGCUCUGCUGAACAUCCUGGGACAGGAGUACCUGCAAGUCUCCAUGCCUCCAGUCUGCCUGUGCCUACCCUGUUCUGCGGACCUCCUGAGCCUGGAGCUCCUGCCCCACUAGUACUGAAGGCCUGGGCUGCGGGAUAUGGAUGGGGUGAACUCACUCCUGUCAGCCUGUGGCACAGAUGCUGUGCUGGUGACCCUUCCCAGGCCUAAGAGCAGUGUCCCCUGAACACAUCAGUCCUCACGAGAGGCUUCACCCAGGCUUCAGCCACUUCAGGUUUCAUCCUUUUUAGGUCUAAGGGUGCAGGUAGUUAGGGCUUUAAUUCUGCUCCAUGAACCCAUCCUUGGAGCAGAGGAAGAGUACAGCAGUGUCUUGCGGCCAGCUCCUGCCACCAGGAGCAGGAGAGAUGGCUGGUCAUUUGAGAAUCCACAGCACUCCCAGGAUGCAGCUUCCUGGCCAGAAGAGCAUCCUUGGCAGUGGCCAGAGGGCUGGUGGAAGUUCCCUAGUGCUCAGUGCUAGGAAGUGUAUGUGCGUGUCUGUCUACGGAGUGAUGUGUGGGCAUGUGUACUGCUGCUAGCCUGCACUGAGAACCUCCUCGUCGGGGAUGGCAGAUUCCUUAGUGGGCUUAACCUCAGGUAUUCUUCCCAACCUGCCCCUGGCAGCCUGUAGCCUUUGAAGAGCUGGGCAGAGACCAGAUCAACCUCUCACACAGAGCUGGCCCCUUCUCAGGUACCAGACCACAGAGAUAAGUCUGCAUGGCUGGGGCAAGGAGAGCUGCUCUGCUGGAACACGGCUCCAGGGACAUGCUCUGGCUUGUCCCCUAACCUUCCUCUUCACUGCUACCUUCCCACUGUCCUGUGACAUUGGAUUAGUGGCUGAUUAGGUGGGUCCUUGGCCACACUUGGUCGCCUGGCUGAAGAGGAUGUGUAAGGUGCUGAGCCUGCCUUCCUCCUGCACUAGGCCUUGUCCAUGGUACCCCAUCCUGGAGUUGUCAAGUUUCUAGGGGAUCUCUAGCUCAUCAGUGCCUGAGGCCAGGAGGAGUGGACAUUCUAUUUGGGAUAGCAGCAGUUCUCCAGAGAACCUGGCCAAGCUGGACCCUAGACUGGCAGAAAUGUCCUAGUGUAGCUGGCUUAGGAGGACCUGUGCCUUCACGGUUCAUCAGAGGCGAUUUUCCUUGAGCCAGGGAUGGGUUUCAAGUACUCUGUGUAUGUGUCGGGGCCUGUGCUCACAGUAAGACCUGUCUACCUCCCAGGAGGAGAAAAGGCCCCACCUGCUCCUCUGGUUACUUGAAUGGGCAUGAGAUGGGGCUAGUUCUGCCCAGGCCUCCCGCCUCUGGCAGUAGAAAUCAAAGGCUACAUGUAGAGUAAAAUUGUACCUCACUGGGGAAAUGCAUUUUGUGCUGGACAGGCAUUGGGUGAGGUAUAAAGGUAGAAGCCCCCAAACAUAGAGCAGUGUGGGCGGUCAGUCACUUAUGUCCUGAGGUUCUUGGCAGGUCCAUGGCACAGUGACUCUAGAGCCCACUGCUUUGCCUCUGAGCAUGGGCACUGUCCAGCCCAGACUAGGCCCCAUUCUUGUCUGUGUCUGGGUGUCUCCCUGUGGCUCCUUUUGCCACCCCCGGUUUGUUUGCCGACUGGAUUACAUUUUGGAGUAAAGCAAAUCUGUAGUUGGUGUGCA